CUCAAUACAAGAUGGCGGACCUCUUAGGCUCUAUCCUAAGCUCCAUGGAAAAACCUCCAACUGUCGGCGACAAGGAAAGCCGACGAAAAGCAAGAGAACAAGCAGCCAGACUGAAAAAGAUGCAAGAGGAUGAGAAGAAAAAGAAAGCUGAAUUUAGAAAAAAGAUGGAGAAGGAGGUCUCUGAUUUUAUUCAGGACAGUGUCAUACAAAAAAAGAAAUAUGAGCCCAUGGGAAAGAUCGAGAGGAGUAUCCUCCAUGAUGUUGCAGAAGUGGCGGGUUUGACUUCGUUUUCUUUUGGUGAGGAUGAAGAGAGCAGAUACGUCAUGUUGUUUAAGAAGGAGUUUGCUCCAUCAGAUGAAGAAUUGGAUGCUUACAGAAAGGGCGAGGAAUGGAAUCCCCAGAAAGCUGAGGAGAAACGUCGGUUAAAGGAACUUGCUGCAUUGGAGGAGGAGUCCGCCAGCCGCACAGAGAAAAGGCCUGUGUCUCCCAGCUCAAAUUACAGGGACAAGUACAGUCAUUUGAUUGGUACUUCCGCUGCCAAAGAUGCUGCGCACACACUUGAGGCCAAUCGGGCAUAUGGGUGUGUGCCUGUGGCUAAUAAGAGAGACACUCGCUCUAUUGAAGAAGCCAUGAAUGCAAUCAGGGCCAAAAAACGACAGAAGAAAGACGAUGACACUGAGGCAGGCAGUAGCAAUGCCAGUUUGUAAGAAAGAGUGCAAAAGUGUGUGUGUGUGUGUGUGUGUGUGUGUGUGUGUGUGUGUGUGUGUGUGUGUGUGUGUGUGUGUGUGUGUGCGCGCGCACAUGCGUGUGUGUAUAUGAGUGUCCAUUUUGUUCUGCUGACCUUAGAGAUUUAACUGAGUAUACUUUUAAAGUAACAUAUACUUGUACUUGUAACAUGUACAGUGUUAACUUACAAAUAGAAAGAUGUACACAAGCAAUUAUGCAACCAUAUGUCAUUAUUUGAAGGCAGUUGUAUAAGCAGGAGUGCCUUUCCAUCUUGCUGGAUGCUAAAUGAUUAUCUGCUCUGUUGUUCUACACUGUGUCUAGUCAUCCAGUGAUGGAGCUGAGGCCCUGAGGAGUACUGUGCCACGUCAGUGUCUCUUACAGUUUUAAUCUGGUCUGCACACCUCUUUUAAUCGUAAAUUCCCUGUAAAGUAUUUGUGUAUAAAAUGCCACAGGCUCGCAGGAUUAAUGAAAGUUGUGAAACUGUGUACUGUACAGUCAUUCUAUAGCUCAUCUGUCAGCAGUAA